CUUCCGCAGUAGCUGCAUUAACUGAAGUUUCAUCUGCUGAUGAAUCUGAAUUGACCAAAUUGAUCUCGACUAUUGAUGCUAAUUACUUGCAGAAAUACGAAGAGAAUAAGAAACACUGGGGUGGUGGUAUAAUGGGCUCAAAGGCUAAUGACAAAAUCGCUAAAAAGGCAAAGAUUGCUGCUUCAGCUGCUUCUGCAAACCGAGAUAGUGGAGCAUUGACUAGUGGAGCAUUGACUAGUGGAGCAUUGACUAGUGGAGCAUUGACUAGUGGAGCAUUGACUAGUGGAGCAUUGACUAGUGGAGCAUUGACUAGUGGAGCAUUGACUAGUAGAACAUCGACAAGUAGAGCAAUGACUAGCGACAGAUUAUAG